AAUCACAUUCAAUACAAUACAUACCUGUUAUAUAACAGUCCACUCCAGUCGUGGCUAUUGUUUGGUUCAAUCAAUUGAUUGCAGUCUUGUUUUCACACAAGUCUUUCAUUUGGUUUUCAAUACACUUUUCAACCGUUUUUUGCAGUUUUCAAAAACUUUUGAUUUAUUCAAAGUUUUGUUAUUAUUUGCCAAAAACUCGUUGUGUUUCUUAACCACUGAUUUUGACUGACGAGGAAUGGAUGAGAAUCUGGUGGCCGUUCAUAUGAUUGAGUCAUCGGAAGGCACUUAUGUGACGGCACAAGUGAUGCCCGAAGACGACACCUACGAAGACAACGGCGACGACAAUGAGAUGAUUAACGCCACCGAAGACGCGGAUGAGUUGGAGGGCAACGAAGAGUUGGACGAAGAGGAGGAGCCGCAGGACGACCAGGAGUUGGAAGAGGCGGACGGCAACGAAGACAUGAUUGACAACUCGGAAGCGGACGAUAUAAUCAUCGCUGAGGCGGUUGUGGUCACGCAAUACAGCUGUAAGUUCUGUAACCGACGCUUCGAUACCAUUGACAAAGUGAAGAAUCACUACCUCUUGAGACACAAUACGGAUCAGUCGAUUGUGAAGCGCUUCUCCGGCGGCGGACAGCAGAAGACCGACGACAACGAC